AUGACCAGGAAUAGAUUUUUUGAACUUCGCAGUUGUUUCCAUGUCGUAGAUAAUAAAGCCAUACCCAAAGAAAACAGCGAUAAAUUUGUGAAAAUUCGUCCGAUGUAUAACUCAUUUAUUAAACGCUGUGCCCAGUUACCUGUUGAACAAAAUCUAAGUGUGGACGAACAAACUGUCCCUUUUAAAGAAAAUUUAUCAAUAAAACAAUAUAUUAGGGGUAAACCAUCACUGUGGGGAAUAAAAAAUUGUUUGUUGUGUGGACAAAGUGGAUUAGUCUAUAAUCUUUUAUUAUAUCAAGGAUCGUCUACACAAAUCGAUGAAAAUAUGCAAAAAAAUUUUGGUCUAGGUGGAGCAAUCGUUUUAAAAUUGGUUGAAAAUGUAAAGCCUAACAAACAUUUUUUAUUUUUUGACAACUAUUUCUCCUCUUACAACUUAUUUUGCUGCUUAUUGAAGUAUAAAAUACUUGCAGCUGGAACAAUCUGA